GUGAACGCUGAAGUCCACCACAAUCCAGACUCCUAGAAGCACGCUUGCCCUGGGCUGCGCAGACGUGGUUAGAACACCUCUACAGCAGCGCUGAAACGUCUCUCCGAACGCUAACGCAUAUUCGAAUUGCUUAAAAACAAUGGCUCGGUCAGAGCGUGUUCGCAUUUCGAGGGAACGUCUCCUCCCACGGUCUGAUAUUGAGGCAUUGAUCGCGAAAGGCAGCAAGCUUGUGAUUGUAGAUGGCAGAGUCCUGUUGACCAAUGCAUGGCUUCCAUACCAUCCUGGAGGUGACAAAGCCAUACUGCACAUGGUUGGACGAGAUGGUACGAACGAAGUCAAGGCUUUCCACUCAUCAGAGACACAGCAAUUCAUGUUGAAGUACCAAAUCGGACGCAUUGAUGGCCAAUGGAAGGACUUCUUACCGCCAAUACAAGGAGGCAUCUUCCGGACGACUGACGAGCAACGCGCGUCACCAAGCGGAAUCUUCGAGACGCCAUCUGUAGAGCAAGAAGCGUUUUCUGAGCAAGACAGCUCAGAGGAGCCUUCGCCCAUCUUUGAGCCGGCUGACCUUGCAGAGCACCAUCUGCGACACCGCCGAGGGAGCACCGGCGUUGCGAGCGACUCUUCCGCAACAUCAUUGUCCGACUUGGAGCUGGACGGAGAAGCAGCGUUGCCGGAGAAGCCUGACACUGGCGAACUCAGAACGCAGCAGGAGUUGCAACAUGAUCUCGACCUCUACCCUAGCCUUGAUCCAGUGACUCAGGCCGAGAUCAUAAUCAAGUACAAACAGCUGGAUCGGCGUGUUCGAGAUGAGAAGCUGUACGAUUGCAACUAUAGCGCUUACGCCAUCGAGCUUUUACGAUACACCUUUCUGGCAUUAUCGUCACUCUACCUUCUUCGUGCCCAGCACUUCGCCCUCUCGGCGCUAUUUCUCGGCCUGCUGUGGCAUCAACUAGUCUUCACCGUUCACGACGCUGGCCACAUGGGCAUUACCCACAACUUCCAUAUCGACAGCUGCAUAAGCAUCUUCGUCGCUGAUUUCCUCGGCGGACUGUCCGCCUGCUGGUGGAAGCACAACCACAAUGUGCACCAUAUUGUCACCAAUAGUGCCGAACACGAUCCGGACAUACAGCACAUGCCUUUCUUCGCCAUCAGCCACAGAUUCUUCGAUAGCUUGAGGAGCACCUACUACGACCGCAUCAUGACGUACGAUCCAGUUGCGAAGUUCAUGCUGAAGUAUCAACACUAUAUGUACUACCCGAUUUUGACUUUCGGCCGUUUCAACCUCUAUGUACUGAGCUGGCAAUACAUCUUGUUUGGUAUAGGACCUCGGAAAGGCCCAGCGUGGUGGCAUCGCUACCUGGAAAUGGCCGGUCAGAUCUUCUUCUGGUAUUGGUUCGGCUACCUGGUCAUUUAUAAAUCGAUCCCAGACGGCUGGAACCGUUUUAUCUACGUGAUGAUCAGUCACGCCGUCACCAUGCCUGUACACGUCCAGAUCACGCUGUCCCACUUCGCAAUGUCCACGGCCGACCUGGGCGUCGCGGAGUCCUUCCCGCAGCGCAUGUUGCGCACCACCAUGGACGUGGAUUGUCCGCCUUGGCUGGACUUCGUUCACGGCGGGCUGCAGUUUCAGGCGGUGCAUCAUUUGUUUCCGCGCAUGCCGAGGCACAAUCUAAGACGAGCGCAGAAGCUGGUCAUGGGGUUCUGCGAGGACGUCGGCAUCCCAUAUGCGCUGUAUGGCUUUGUGGAGGGGAACGAGAAGGUCAUUGGACGGUUGGGAGAGGUUGCGAAGCAAGCGAGGAUACUUGCAGAAUGCCAGAGAAGUAUUACUGUGAAAAAUGUGUUGGAUGGGCACUAGGGGCUUGGUAGUCAAUCUUAAUCAGGCUGCAAUAAAUCUGGAUUCUCAGCUGUCGCAGCUGCAUCGUUACUCGCCCUGAACUUAUCAGCUGCCGCCUCUAACAGCAUGGUCUGCUCUGGCUGUUAACGGCAAAGCGCUCCUGUGCAAUGCCUGCAAUAUUGCAAGUGGUAUCGAACAGAGACAACAUCCAGGCAGAGACACUCUAGUCUAAUUUCUCACGCUGUGGUCAGUUUGGAUAGUCCGUCUUUCUGAAGGGAAGCACUCGUACAACCUGAAGCUGAACGCACUAUAUUUGUGGCGUGAUUGUAAUGGCACACCUUGGGCUAUUUCCCGCAGCACUGUCACGGCUAGACACGCUCAGUUUGCAAUGGCAACGGAGCGGUGUAGGUGGUGGUGGAUAAAUGAACUG